AUGGGUGGACCUCCAGCUGGCCAGGACACAACUGAACCACGUCGAAAUGCGGCUCGGGACGAGGUGCUGCGGAAGGAGCGGGCGAUACGUCAAGAAGUUCGCGCACAGGAUCGCCAUGCAAAGCUGCGCGACCAGCCAGUUGUUGCUGGUAAGAAUUGCGUCUGCUGUCGCUGUGGGAUUCGCGAUCAGGACGAUCCGUAUCAAGCUGAUGACGGCAACCCUGUGGCCCGUGAGCAUGAGAGCAAUCACGACAUCCUGGAGGCAGUUGAUGGGCUCAAUGAUCUCAAAGAAGAGAACAAAGUUGAUGCAUCGAGCCGGGAUGGUUGGAUUCCACAGGGCCUCCUGCGGGAGGCAGUGCAGGAUGGUGGUGACAGUGCAGGCAAUCAUCCAGAUCACAACGGUGGCCCCGACGAUGAGGGUCCAUCUGCAAAAUGUCCGCGAAACAAAAAAGAUCCUGUAGUAGAGGCAAAGGAUGCUGAGUUUUGCAAAGCAAAUCGCCGGCACCGAAAAGAUGGGCUCGAUAUAGAAGGCCUGUUCCGACAUUCAGCAGUGUUGUCUAGAGGGGAGGGUUUGCCAGACCUUCCCUAA